AACGCCAGAGGAGGUCCAUCUCAGCUGUGGGGGAGAGAGCGAGCGCCCGGGACACAUCGGUGAACAGAUCGCAGGUUUGGAGACGGACAGUUACCAGACAGACAGCCAUCAUUCAUCAUUCAUCAAGAUGAGGCUCGCCCUUACGGUGUGCUUGGCACAGCUGGCUGUGCAGUUGUGUGUUUUGGGAGCUCUGGGAAUACCCGUGGAUGUGCUGAGGAUCAGCAAGGACACAUCUGUGUGCUAUCCAUUUGAGGAGUACAAGGAUCCCCGUACUCUUUAUACUGGGAACAGCUCCAUGGGGAAUGUUCCUAUCCUGCAGUACAAACUCACCGACUUAACAAGCUAUGAGUCUGAGUUUGAGCUGCGGACACUGGACCCUGAAGGCAUCAUCUUCUUAGGGGACAUUGGCGCAGUCACCAACUGGUUUCUCCUGGCUGUGCAGAAGAGGCACCUGAGCGUGCAGACCAGCCACGGCAAAGACAAGGUCAUCGUGAACGCCGGCCCGCUCAUCAGCGACGGCAAGUGGAAGAAGAUUGCGAUUGUGAAACAGGAGAUGGAGGUGUCAGUCAGUGUAGACGGGGAGGAGGUCGUAUCUGUGCGGCAGUCCCAGGAGAGCCAAGAAGCAGAGCUGGGGGACGGGUUCCUGAGAAUCGCCAUCGGAGCUUCCUUAUCCAACAGCAUCCCCCUGGGGAUCAACGUCCCCCUGGACGCCUGUAUGCGGAACUGGAACUGGAUGAACCAGAACUCCAGUGUGCUGCUCCAGGACUCCCUCACUCUGCGGUGCUGGGACAACAUCGUGCCUGGCUCCUUCUUCCCAGGAGACGGGCAUGUGGGGUUCCUGCCAGAAACGUUUGGGAACCUCACAACCAAGACGGGGAACGACAAUUGGACCCUCUCGAUGGAGCUGGCCUUCCGCCCUGUGGAGGACAGAGGGGUGCUCUUUGCUAUUUUGGACCCCCACAACAAUGUCUCCUUCUCCCUGUCCCUGAACCCGCUCACAAAGGACCUGGUGCUGCAUCUGAAGGACCAGGUGUUUGGCUCCAGCAGUACCCUGCCCUCUCUGUGCCUGGGGGAGAGCCAGUACCUGCAGCUGCAGGUGGGGGCGGGCCAGGUGAUAACAGAACUCGGGGGGGAUAAAGUCACGAGGCAGCUGGAGGAUCGGGACUACCACUACCUGAGGGCUGUGUGGAACCAGCCGGGGACCAUGGUGUACCUGGGAGGUCUGCCUGAAGGCGCCUCCUCCUUCCACGGGUGCCUGCAGGCGAAGAUCCGGGGUGUGGACGUGGAUCUGGACCUGGCUCGAGUUCGGGCCGGGGACAUUCACUCUCACAGCUGCCCCUCCGCCCUGGACAUCAGAGACAGGAAAUGAGCGACGGUCAGACCAGGCCUGAUACGUAGUGCGUGUGCACUCAUACGCACAUCGCACGAAGACGGAUAUGUAACGUUAGCGCACGCAAUGUACACAUAGCACUCGCGUGUGCGCAGAGACACACACAUAAUGUGUAUACAAUACAUGCGCACACACGCUCACACGCAGGCACACACACACACACACACAAUGUACAUGCAGUGCUCUCUCAACAUGGAGCUGCAUGUUCUAUUAUAGCCUUGAAAGAUUACAAUGUGAUUAAACCAAAUCACUAACCAAAUCAAUGUAGGUCUUAUAUCCAGCAACUUUCGUGUGCCACAGGUAUAGAGAUUGUAGAGAGUGAAGAUUUCUCAAUUUUACAUUAUUCAUAAAUGCAGACAAUCUGUUUUUGCAACCACAUCUGGAUUGAUGGGCUCGGAAUUGUAGUGGCCUGUGCUCUUUGAUUAGCAUCAGAAUGCAGAAGUGAUUAACCUGCUUCUACCUGGAACAAGCACUCUGAAAACAUUCAUAAGAUUACACUCCUGACCAAACCUUUUAUGGAAAUGUAUGAUGAAUGUGAGAUGUUAGUGUGUGCGAUCGGUGCACAGAAUAGGGGAUUGGACCUGAGCUGAAAAUGGGGUGGGGCAGCUGAAUAACUCUGCACUGCCCUCACCCAGACAUUUUACAGUGGAAUGAGUGGAAUAUUGUCAAUGCUAAAGUAUGAGGAUUGACUAAAUGUUUUUGCCCAGAAAUGCCCUCGGGAGUGAUGGCAUGGGAGGUAUGCCUUCUGUAUCCACAGUCCACUGCAAUAAAUAUGUUUCUCUUUUAACUUUGUUUUGAAAUUGACAAAUUAAAUUAUUCUGGGACAUUUUAAACCCCAAUGAAUCCCUCAUCAGUGAGCACAUGUUCAGCACAAGGAUGACGCAGGACCCAGAUUGUAGGUGGUAGAACAAAGUGUCCCUUUUGGUCAUGUUUUUGAGCAUGAUUUAAUUUAGCACAUCCCAUUUGCUUUUCCAUUAAUCAUUAUAAUCAUUUUAAAUGUUCACUUACAGAGCUACGUACAUUCUGAACCAAUGUUGAUGAAGUACCUUGCUAAAGUGUACAACAGCUCAACCCUUCUCGCUUGACUUUUGCCUAACUGUAUUGUAUGUACCUCUGAGGCCCUUUCCACAAAGCAAGAAUACAGAGUUAGCUGGAUAACUUCACUGAGUAGAACUGAAACUUACAUUAAUUCUAGGACUGAAGUUCCUAAUGGACUGCUCCUAAUUUCACUGAGUGCAGUUAUCCUGCUUUGUGGAAGUCACCUCUGAUGUUCACUCUCUGAUCACGGCAUAACAUCUCAGUAUUUUUACAUUUUAAGUGAAAUGUUGAAUAUUGCCAUUUCUUUGAAUUUUUCACAAAGUCAUGGGAUCAGGGCAGAUAUUAUAACCAUAAGGAACCUUAAUAUACUAAUAUGCUGUCAAUAACUGGCCACCUUGCUGUAAUGGUAUUAUUCUA